AUGGCCGACCACGAAUCGCGAGGCGAAUCGUCGCGUCCUCUGGAAGACUCAUUUACGGAAAACGAGUCGUCGAUUUAUGCUCCCAUUGUGCAGACUGACGAAGAUGCGCCGUCCUUCAGAGAUAUAUCCCAAUGGCCCAGGCCAGGUCGUAGUUAUGGAUCUAUCACACAGGCUUCCGGACGGGCAAAUCCGACGGAAGAUGAAUCUCUACGCUCUCAAGCUGGUCGACCUCAGCCUCCUCAAUCCCCCAACAUCGGGCCCCAAAUUGAGCGGACAAGAAAGCCGUCCACCCUACGCCGAAUGUCUUCAAAGCCAUACCGAGGCCAAGAGUUCUCUGUCGAUGACGACCCCUAUGAAGUAGAGCAGGACAAUGCCUUGCAUCAAGCCCAUCAGCAGACGAGUACACCCGCCCAGCCUUCACCCAGAAUCCUUCCCAUAACCAUUAAGAAUUCGACAUUGAGGAGGAGAAACAAUGCAUCGGCUCCGAAAGAUGGCUGGCAAAAUGACGAUGAUGACCUAACACUUCCUGAAGCGGGACCGAGCAACUCUGGAGAGACCGACUUGGAAGAUAUGAACGGAGAUGACAACGACGACGCCGGCAACCUCAGCGAUGCGGAGAGUUUUACGUUGAGAGACCGUCAAGCAGCCAUCAAUGAAACCCAUCCAUUUGGUAUUAGGAUUUGGAAACCUGCCUUGUACAAGAAGAAUCGCUCUGUUGAAAAGACUGCUGAAGGAGACAUUCACUCAUCGCCCGGCGGCCGAGUGAGUAACCUGUUAUUCCUAGUCAAUUUGAUGUGGUCAUUUAUAUUCGGAUGGUGGCUUGCUGCUGCUGCCUUGGUCGGUGGCAUUGCUUGUUAUUUGUGCAUUUUCUCGCCCCAUGCUAGAGAGUAUGGAAACGUCUUUUUUGGUCUAUCCCGAUAUAUGCUUUAUCCCUUCGGUUCAUUCGUGCGGCUCGAAACAGAUGAGCAUUAUGUCGACGAGGAUGAAGGUGAAGGACGCAGUAUCAGUGAAUAUGAGCAGUGGCAGAGCGGAGAUUUAGAACACGGACGAUUGUUCUUCGGUCCCACCCACAGUCGAUCUCUUGUUGGUCGACGACGGAGUAGCAUCGAGUCGGGGUACAGCGAACAUGACAGUCUUCUCGGACGCACUGGCAGAGGUGGUCGCCUUGGAACGAAUGCUUCCCGGCCUAAACGAAGACUGUUCGGCCGUGGCGAAUGGAGCUUAGCCAGAGUUGUUUUCUUUGCAUUCUUCUAUUUCCUCACAGGCCCAUUGAUGUUUUUGGUGUCUUUGGUCUGCUGGUUGCUUGUCUUCUUGAUACCCAUGGGUCGCGUGAUGAAUAUCCUUGUGGACCAUCUUCGUCGCCAUCCUCUUGCGUUGUCUUUCCAUGCCGAUGCCGCAUACACUCGCUUGCCAUCCGGCCCUUCUUCUUCCAUCCUUUUGUGUACUUACCGGGCGGCCGGCCUGCGUUAUUGGAAGUAUACUAUUGAUGGAACUAAUAUCUUUCUUUUCAACCUCUUGAGCAUUGUUGCCUUUGUCAUUUUCGACUACUGGGUGCUUGAUGUGGCUUUCGGGUUGGAGUCAUGGUUAACGCAUCCAGGACUGGUCUUCACACUGUCCCUUUUGUCGAUCAUUCCUCUGGCAUACUUCAUCGGCCAAGCAGUGGCUUCCAUUUCCGCUCAAUCUUCGAUGGGACUGGGUGCUGCUAUCAACGCCUUUUUUUCCACAGUAGUAGAAGUCUUUCUCUACUGCGUUGCUCUCGGACAGGGCAAAGCACAGUUGGUUGAAGGAAGUUUGAUUGGCAGUAUAUUUGCUGGUAUUCUAUUUCUUCCUGGUUUAUCAAUGUGUUUUGGUGCAAUUCGACGUAAGACUCAGAGAUUCAAUGUGAAGUCUGCAGGUGUUACGUCGACCAUGUUAUUGUUCGCGGUGAUUGCUGCAUUUGGACCGACUUUGUUCUAUCAAAUAUACGGCAGUCACGAGCUUAAUUGUCGGUCAUGCGCCAAUUCAAUGGAUGAACGUGAUUGCCGACGAUGUUAUUACUCACAAGCUCCUGCUGUAAAUGAUGACUUUUUCCGCAAAGCCGUACAGCCAUUCUGCUGGUUUGCGGCAUUUUUCCUGUUUUUAUCAUAUAUUAUCGGCCUCUGGUUUACUCUUCGAACCCAUGCUGCGGUCAUAUGGGCAACUGAUGGAGAUGAGAAGAAAGCAGCUGCUCCAGGCGUUGAAGUCUCUAUGCACGACUCGCGACAUGCUCAACUCGCAAAUGGCCUGUCCAAUGUUGGAGGAGGAGAUAUCCAAUCUAACAGCAUUCGAGAGUCUCAACUGUACAAACGUAUCUUGGGACACUCAUUGCAGCAGAUUGGGCUGCCACAUGAGGGCUUUGAAUCCGGCUCCAUUGAUGGAAUAUCGCCUCAUUUGGAUCCAAGCCUGUCCAAGUCUCCGGAUGAUCAACACGGGUUGCACCUUCGCGGCCUUACCGAAGAAGAUAAUGAAAACCUCGCACGUCAAGUAGCUGAAGUCGCGGCGACUGCUGCAACAGUAGCCGCACGCGAUUCCACUCGUAAUCAUCGCAGAACAUCUGUGAACCCACAAGCCAUAGGACGGGCGCAAGAUGCCAAGGCUACGAGUCAACCGACACCUAUUACUGAGGAGCACGAAUUUACUGGUGUACCAGUGGAAGCACAUGCUGGCGGAGGCCAUGAUGCACCAAAUUGGAGCAAAACGAAGAGUGCAAUUAUACUCCUUGGCGCCACAGUUCUCUACGCCAUCAUUGCUGAGAUCCUCGUCGACACUGUGGAUGUCGUUUUAGAAAGCGUGGACAUAGAUGAAAAAUUUCUGGGCAUUACAUUGUUUGCCUUGGUGCCGAAUACAACUGAGUUUCUAAAUGCCAUUUCGUUUGCGAUGAAUGGAAACAUUGCGCUUUCCAUGGAGAUCGGUUCCGCAUAUGCGCUUCAAGUCUGCUUACUUCAAAUUCCAGCACUCGUACUAUACAGUGCUGUGAAUGCGCGAUUCAUUGACCCGGCUGACCUGGUCAGCCACUCAUUCAAUCUCAUCUUCCCACAAUGGGACAUGAUAACCGUCAUCCUCUGCGUCUUCCUCCUUUCCUACGUCUACGGAGAAGGGAAGAGUAACUACUUCAAAGGCUCAAUCUUAGUCUUGACCUACCUAGUCGUCAUAAUCGGCUUCUAUCUAUCUGGCUACAAUGACCUUGACACCCACGGCAUCGACAGAUUCGAUACAUUGGCACUCGGCUCAUCGUCAUCAUCGUAUUCAACUGCCGGCGGGAAAUUUUAUACCAUUGGACAAGGUAAGAGUGGCAUUGCAUUCCCUGCACCCGCCUCUCCAGCAGUGGAACUAUAA